GUUAUGUGGAAGCUUUGGUGAUACCGGCAGGAGCAAGGAGAAUAAAAGUUGUGGAAGAAAAACCAGCUCACAGUUAUUUAGCUCUUCGGGAUGCUGGGAAACAGUCAAUCAAUAGUGACUGGAAGAUCGAGCAUUCUGGAACAUUCAAUAUUGCUGGGACCACUGUCCAUUAUGUUCGGAGAGGUCUGUGGGAGAAAAUAUCAGCGAAAGGUCCUACAACAUCACCUUUACAUUUACUGGUGCUGCUGUUCCAUGACCAGAGCUAUGGUCUACACUAUGAGUACACAAUCCCUCUGGAUCCAUUUCCUGAAAAUCAGAGCUCUAAAGUACCAGAGCCUCUUUUCAUGUGGACACAUUCUGCCUGGGAGGACUGUGAUGCUGUAUGUGGAGGAGGUGAAAGAAGGACAACGGUGUCUUGCACAAAGAUUAUGAACAAGAAUAUCAGUCUUGUGGACAACAAGAAGUGCAAAUAUUUAACCAAACCUGAACCACAGAUCCGCAAGUGCAAUGAACAGCCAUGUCAGACCAGAUGGAUGAUGACAGAAUGGACUCUGUGUUCAAGGACAUGUGGAAAAGGGACCCAGAACAGACAAGUAGCCUGCACACAGCAGCUCAGAAAUGGGACCCUGAUCAGAGCUAGGGAGAGGGAUUGUCUCGGGCCAAAGCCUGCGUCGGCACAGCGCUGUGAAGGACAGGACUGCAUGACUGUGUGGGAGGCAGGAGUCUGGUCCGAGUGCUCUGUAAAGUGUGGUAAGGGAGUACGGCAUCGGACUGUGAGGUGCACCAAUCCACGCAAGAAAUGCGUUUUGUCCACAAGACCUAAAGAAGCAGAGGACUGUGAGGACUAUUCUAAAUGCUACGUCUGGAGAAUGGGAGACUGGUCUAAG